AUAAUCUCAGAAUUCCCGGAAUAUUUCACACCAGUUGUUUACUCCUGCAGAUGUAAACAACCUGUGUCAAGUUAUCACUGAACUCACUUUAUUACACGGAAGAAAGGUUUCAUGAUGCCAGUUCAGACAGAUGGUCCAGAAGAUUAUAAAGCCAAAUAUAAGACUCUGAAGAGGAAGCUAAAACUUCUUAUUUAUGAAAAUGAGUGCUUCCAAGAGGAACUGCGAAAAGCCCAGAGAGCACUGUUGCGUGUCAGACGAGACAAAUCUUUCCUCCUUGACCGCCUCCUGCAGUACCAGCGCGGCCCAGACUCUUCCUCUGACUCAGAACAAACAGAAGAAUCUGACACAGAAAAUGAUUCCAAGAUUGAGGCAAAGAGUUGCAGGAAACGUUUAAGCAUGGAAGGUUCUAACACUGGGUCCAGUAAUUCCCAAGGCUCUGUGAAUAAACCACCAUCAAAAAAGAAGAAAUCGAGUAGUAGUGGGGGCAGUGGCAGCAGUCUUAGUAAAUCUAGCAAACAGACUGGGAAGCAGAUUCCAUUGGGCACAGCCAUUGUAGGGAGUAAUAGUGGUAAUAGCAGUAUCCAAGCAACCACCAGUGCCAGUGGUAUCCCCGCCAAUAAUAACACUAACAGCCCCAGCAAUACAGCACCAAUGCGGAAAUUAACUAGUGCACAUCUGCCUCCAGGGUCAGCAGCAGCAUUGUCGGUCCGACGGCACAUCGUUGGAGGUGGGGUGCCCGGUGCACAUACGAGCGAUGGGCAGCUGAGCCGUGAAGAAGUUGAACGCCGACUCGCUGCCAGACAACCCAUGAAUGACUUCACCACCACAACAGUGUCACUUACAUUACCCAAUCAACUAUUUUCUGACAAUAUUAUGGAGGGCUGUGCCAAGACAAAGUCUCAACCAACUGGUGAUUGGCUGAUACAAAAACAUCUUUGACUGCCUCUACAAAGAACAUCCCUAAACGCUCCAUCCGUCAAGUCCUCAGGGACUUCAUGGAAGAGGAAGUGGAGACAUCCCCAAGUAACAUUGAAGAUGAUAUCACAAUAGACAAUUAUGACUGAUCACUGUCAUAUAGUUUUACCGUCACCUUACACUACUAAUGAUAACGGAGUCUCACUUAUAAAUGUCAUGAAAAUAUGCUUGCAGAUCAUUAAAUUAGUUACAAGUAACAUUUAUCCA